AUGCGUGCUGUAGGUCCUAAGCCUGAGCUGACGGAAGAGCAAAAACAAGAAAUCAGGGAAGCUUUCGAUUUAUUCGAUACAGAAGGUACAGGAACAAUAGAUGCUAAGGAACUAAAGGUAGCAAUGAGAGCUCUUGGAUUUGAACCAAAAAAGGAAGAAAUUAAGAAAAUGCUAUCAGAAGUUGACAAAGAUGGCUCUGGCACAAUUGACUUUGAUGACUUUUUACAAUUAAUGACCCAAAAAAUGACUGAGAAAGAUCCAAAGGAGGAAAUUCUCAAGGCAUUUCGUUUAUUUGAUGACGACGAAACGGGUAAGAUUUCUUUUAAAAACUUAAAGCGAGUAGCUAAAGAACUUGGAGAAAACUUAACAGAUGAAGAAUUACAGGAAAUGAUUGAUGAAGCAGAUCGUGACGGUGACGGUGAAAUUAACGAAACGGAAUUUUUACGAAUUAUGAAAAAAACGAGUCUUUAUUGA